CAGACCUGGCUCUAUCUCCUCCCUUCAGGAACAGAGAAGCUUCUCUUUCUGCUUAGGGUGGGGACUGGCCUCUGAGCAAGGGCCCCUGUCGCUUUAAGAAAGAGAGAAAAAAAUCAGGAAGUACUGGAGAAGGAGAGCCAAGGUUCUGAGCUGAGCUGGGCUGGGUGCUAGGGCAGGGCUGGGGAGAAGAACGUCUCCAGCUCCUGACUCCUCCACUGUAAUCUGCCUGGCCUGGCCUGGCCCAGCCCUACACACUGGUGCAGGGGCCUCAGCUGCAUCUCUCUUGUACCCAUCCACAUUGAAGUCCCACCGUGGAUGAAGGUGGAUGCUGUGUCUCUGGCCUGGAUCCGAAGCAGAGGAAGUAGCUUUGAGUUUCUGGGGAGUACUAGGUACGUUUUAGUUUCUGGGCUUCCCUAGGACAGAAAACCCAUUCUACAGGCUUGCUGAGAACAACCAGGUGUCAGGGUGGUGCUGAGCGUGUCUGAAAGGGGCCUGGCUGUUGCUGACUUCGGAAAUGCAAAGUACGGCCAAUUACCUUUGGCACACGGAUGAUCUCCUGGGCCAGGGGGCCACUGCCAGCGUGUACAGAGCUCGAAACAAGAAAUCUGGGGAGCUCGUUGCUGUGAAAGUCUUCAACAAUGCCAGUUAUCUACGCCCCCGAGAAGUGCGAGUGAGGGAGUUUGAGGUCCUGAGGAAGCUGAAACAUCAAAACAUCGUCAAGCUGUUUGCUGUGGAGGAGAUGGGCACUGAUAAGGACAAGGUGCUGGUGAUGGAAUACUGCUCCAGUGGCAGCCUGCUCAGUGUGCUGGAGAACCCUGAGAAUGCUUUUGGGCUAGCAGAGGCUGAGUUUCUGGUGGUCCUGCGAUGUGUGGUGGCUGGCAUGAACCACCUCCGAGAGAAUGGCAUCGUCCACAGGGACAUCAAACCUGGUAACAUCAUGAGGCUCUUGGGAGACGACGGGCAGAGCAUCUAUAAGCUGACAGAUUUUGGGGCUGCCAGGGAGCUGGAAGAUGAUGAAAAGUUUGACUCUGUCUAUGGGACAGAAGAAUACCUGCACCCAGAUGUCUAUGAGCGGGCAGUGCUCCGGAAGCCUCAGCAGAAGGCAUUUGGGGUGACAGUAGAUCUGUGGAGCAUUGGGGUGACCCUGUACCACGCAGCCACGGGCAGCCUCCCCUUUGUCCCCUUUGGUGGGCCUCGACGCAACAAGGAGAUCAUGUUCAGGAUCACCACAGAGAAACCAACUGGGGCCAUUGCAGGUACCCAAAAACGAGAAAACGGGCCCCUGGAGUGGAGUUACAAGCUGCCCGUCACCUGCAGGCUGUCCCUGGGGCUGCAGGCCCAGCUGGUGCCAAUCCUGGCCAACAUCCUGGAGGUCGAUCAAGAGAAAUGUUGGGGUUUUGACCAGUUCUUUGCCGAGACCAGCGACAUCCUUCAGCGGAUUGUGGUCCAUGUAUUUUCUCUGUCUCGGGCUGUCCUGCACCAUGUCUACAUUCAUGCCCACAAUACGAUGGGCAUCUUUUUGGAGGGCGUGUAUAAGCAGACCAGUGUGGAGCCCAGCCACCAGGAAUACUUCUUUCAAGGCCACCCUUGCCUCCUAGAGCCCAGCCUCCCUGCCCAACACCUGGCUCAUACAACCGAGGAGAGCCCUUUAAUCCUGCUCAGUGAAGACAGUGAAAACCCCACUGGGCUGGUCUUCAGAGACCCAUCCCUGGAUGUUCCCAAAUUUGUGCCCAAGGUGGACCUGCAGGCUGAUUACAACACCGCCAAGGGUGUGCUGAGCGUGGGGCACCAAGUUCUGAGGAUCUCCCGGGCACUGCUGGACGGUCAGGAAAUGAUGCUUCGGGGGCUGCAUUGGGUGGUGGAGGAGCUCAAGGCCACAUGUGGGCGGACCCUGGAGACCACUCAGACAGCCCUCUUGUUCCUGAGCCCCAGUCUGGGCACUGAGGGGAUCGCCUCCACGACUGGGGAGUCAGAGGUGCCAGAGCUGAAGGAGGCAGCGGAGCUGAGAUCCAAGCUACAGACUAUUAACGAGAUCCUUUCCAGAUGUUCCCAAAAGACUGUGGAGACCCAAACUAGUCUAAGCAGCCUGUCCUCUGAGCUGGUGAAGAAUUGGGAUCAGGUACAUGAAGACAGAAGCACCCAUCAGAUUCGAUGCUGCCUGGACAAGAUGAACGUCAUCUACAAGCAAUUUAAGAAAGCCAGGAUGAGGCCAGGGUUAGGCUACAAUGAGGAACAAAUCCACAAGCUGGAUAAGGUGAACUUUGGCCAUUUGGCUAAAAGACUCCUGCUGGUUUUUCAGGAGGACUGUGUGCAGAAGUAUCAGACAGCUGUCCUCACACACGGCAAGAGGAUGAGGAUGGUGCAUGAGACAAAAAAACAUCUCCGACUGGUCGGCAGCUCGGUAAACGCUUGUAAGAUAGAAGCCCAAGAAGCCCAGGGGCAGCUCAGUAAGGCCCUGGACCGAUUAUCUCGUCGGCUUUGGCAGGGCAGAAUGAAAGCAGCUCAGAGUUCUCCCCCUCCUUUUGCUGCUUAUUCCAGACCCCUUCCGAAGGACCUGGUUCUCCACAUUCAAGAACUCCGAGAGGAGAUGAAGUUACUGGCCUUUGAUCUCCAACAUAAUAACCGAAUCAUUGAGAGGUUAAGUGGGGUCCCAUCUGCCUCUGGGUCUUUGAGAGCUGAGAGUGAUGUGUGGAAUCCUGAACCUCAAGGGGCCCUGGGCUCAUCAACACUGUAGGGCUGGGUCUGGCCCCAUCUUUUACCUCAUCCUACUUCCCCUCAGGCCAGCAGGCACCAGCAUUAACUCUCAUGAGUUUGUUACACUAUGAACCUACAGCACCCAGGAGUCCAUCUCUUCACGGAGCUGUGAGACACUCCAGAUUUCUGUGCACCAACACUGACCUCUGUGUGUCAUCAAGGUUUGGUCCUUGCAUAGCCCUGUAUUGUGCCCUUCAGCUCAUGCCAGGGACUGGGAAACUGGGGAGAAAAGGUUGAGACAAACCCUCCCUAUCUCCUUCAAGUUCAGAGGUUUGCCCUCCAGGGAAGAGGGGAAGAGGUUUUCUGUGGAUGCUGAGCUAAGCUUCAGUCUUCUUCCGCCUGAAAGUAUCUGAUGAUAGACAAUACAUCACUUUACUCUGUCUUAUUUCUCCUUGAGCCCACUGGGUUCUGGUGAGAAGAAAAACCCAAGCCUCCUGGCUAUUCUUCAGCCUAAUUCCAGGUCAGUACAGUCAGGCUGUAGGAGGAAACAUCAUCAUCCCUAUAGAGUGAGGACUGAAUUCCUGGGCUGUCCCACACACACCUCUCUGGGAGGCUUCAGAAGGGCCUGGAAAACACAGCCUUGCCAGCUAGCUAGAGCCCACAUGCCCCAAGUCUGAAGGCAAUGGAGAAGUGGCCCCGAAGGACCACAGGAAAAGGACCUCAACCCUACUGAAUAAACAUGGCUUCACCCUUC